AUGUGGUUUAUUUUAUUUUCAAUAUUAAUUCCUCUGUUUAUUGUUUUUCUAUUUACUUUUCCACGUUACACCGAACAAAAUGAUUCCACUAUACUGCAGAAAUAUUUAGCUAUCAAACAGAAUUUAUUAUCUGUUAUGACGUUUAAUAUUCGUUUCGAUGGAGUAGAACGUGAUCAAAAUAAUCAUUUUACGAAGAGAGUCUAUCGUUUAACAGAAACUGUUAAAAAAUGGCAACCAUCUAUUCUAUGUGUACAAGAACCAUUUGCUGGUCAGCUGAUGCAUUGGCGGUCUCAGUUACCAAAAUAUUAUCAAUAUAUUGGCUAUCAACCUGGUGGUGUCGAUAGAAAUCUUGAAGAUCCAUCAUCUCAUAGAGAUUUUCAAGUUGCUAUUUUAUAUAAUAAUCAAAUAUUAAAAUUAGUAGAACAAGACUAUAUAUGGCUAUCAAAAUCACCACGAGUUGUUGGAAGCAAAGAUUGGAAUAGUGCUGGAGCACGAACAUUGAAUAUUGCACGAUUUCAAUUAAAAAAUGAUAAUAAGUCGAUAGAUAUUCUUGUUUUUAACACUCAUUUAGAUGUCAGAAGUGAAGAAGCACGUCGAGAACAGGCGAAAAUUAUUCGAUCAACAAUAGAAAAAUGGCAAAAGAAUUAUCCAACAGCUGUAGUUCUUUUAUUUGGAGAUUUUAAUUGUGCUCCAAAACAAGCUGCAUAUAAUAUAUUGACAUCUUCGGAAUUUCUACAUGAUACUUGGGUAGUUUGCAAAUCUCAACAAUCAAUGUGUAUAUCAAAUUCAUUUUCGUCUACAUUUCAUGGUUGGUUAGGAUCAAUAAUUAACACAUAUGGAUUUCAACUUCUGCAAACAAUAAUAUUUACCUUUCAUGGUUCAGGUAUUAGGUUACCAUAUGAAAUAUCCAAACGCCUUUCAUCUUAUAUCGAUGUUUUAAAAGAAUUGUGGAAAUCUCGUCAGAUGCUAAAUUUAUCAGAAAUGAUUUCAUUAUGGUCUCUACAUCGAUUUCAUGUCGAUUGGAUUUUAUAUAGAAAUUCGAUUGAUGGAAGUGAACGUUUACAACCUCGAUUCAUAGCUGUUGUAGAUAUUCGAUCUAGAAAUUAUUCUUCUGAUCAUUUUCCUAUUGUUGCUUUAUUUCAAUUGAACAACGAUAACGUUUAA